AUGAUCCAUCCCGAGAACUUGUUUAAUUUUAUUGUUAAAGUACAAAACCUCCUUUUUCGCGAGUUCUCCAACGUCAUAGUGUCGCCGUUCUCUUUAGAAGCGCUUUUUCUCGGAAUUCUCUCUGGCGCUGAAGGCGCCUGCAACAAGGAGCUCGCCAACUGCCUUUUCGGCCAAGAUGUUGACUCCAAUGACAUUUCUGAAAUGAUGAACGCUUUUAAAGCCCUCAUUAAUCAAAUUGGCGCUAUUCAGAAUGCUGACUUUAAAAUGAACAACUUUAUCUACAUUUCCGACAAGUUUCAAGUUCGUCCAACAUACUGCUCCUACGUUUCAAAGUACCUGAACAUUUUGAUUAAACAACUUAACUUUGAAGACGAAUCUCUUGAAGCGUACGCUCGUAUUGACGCCGACGUUCGAACUGCCUCUUUGGGGCGAAUCAACAAGAUUCUCAAGUGUCUGCCAACGGUGUCACGCUUAAUGCUGGUCAGCCAAGUUAGCUUUCAGAGCGAGUUGAAGUACAAACCGUUGAAGCAAUACGAUGGCCACUUUAAGGCCACCAAUCAGGAUGAUGCUAGCACUCAAUUCACUGUGCUGCGCAACAGCUUCAAGCUGAAUGAAAAGAAUCCUGAUUUUGUGUACAUCGAGUUGCCCUAUGUGAAUGAAGGAAUGAAUUUGUGCAUCGUUUUGCCCGCUGAAGGAAAAUCUUUGCGAGAGUUGGCUAGCAGCCUAAAGUACGACAAGGCAAUGCAGCUGAGUGCUUCAAGUGUUUUCAGCCAAGUUGAAGUUCACCUUCCAAUUCUAAAGGUUCAAUCAAAUGUUGACUUGGCAAUGGUUUUGCAGCUGUGUGGCAUUUCAAAGGUUUUUGAAAGUGAAAACUCGGAUUUUUCUAAAAUGGUCAACGACUCAAAAGGACUGUUUCUCGAAUCAGUUGUCACCAAUUCUGAGUUGAUCUUGCAAGACACUCCCAAAGUUGGCACACAGACAGAAGACUUAGCUCCUUCUGAGCCCCUCUCUACGGUGAUCAUCAUCAACCGUCCCUUUAUGUACUCUGUGACUUACAGCGCCAAAAGCCUGCAAACCAUCACUCUCUUCACCGGGGUGGUCAACAUUAUCGAAUAG